GGCAACAACGUGACCAACUCAGUCCGACAAUUUUCUGGGAUGGGAUGGAAAGUACUAUUUUAUUUUUUUAACCCAUUCUAAGUAUUCUGCACAAACCUGCACAAUUUUUCUGUAUCGAAUUUCAUGAUAGGCUAGGCAAAUUCUAUACUUGUGGCUAAAUAUGUAAUGAUGUGUUUAAGAGAACCAUUGUCAGAUUGCACACAAACUCAAUCUUGCAUUCCUUAACCAUACAUGUUUGUUACUGAAAAUCCAGGACAAUGGUGGCCCUUCCUGCACUGUCGCGCCCUGUCCUCAUAGACAAUUCUCCGGCAUUUUCAUCUAAAUGGAUCAUCCCCAUUAGAACAAUAAACAGAUCCAAAGCCCAGAAGAAGCGAGGAGCUAUAUGUUGUCUUCAGAAGUCACCGCCAAAGGAAGAAGCUUUGGUCGGUCUGGGCGAGAUUGCUGCUACGGUGCAAGUUCCUUUCAGUUCUAAACACAGUGGCGGGAGCUAUAAUGUUAUUGGGCAACCAAGCACCCCAUCAUUCCUUCGCUUUCCGAGCUUGGGUGCUGCAGACCAAGCCUUUAUUGUCCUCAGUUUCAUCGCCUGCACGACGACAGUCGCGUUUGUAAGCUUGAUUGUUACAACCAUCCCAUUAUUGAAUGCAAUGAGAAGGGCAGCACUAUCUCUCGAAAAGUUAGCAGAUACAGCUCGUGAAGAGCUUCCUGGCACAAUGGCAGCUGUCAGACUUUCAGGGAUGGAAAUUAGUGAUCUUACUGUUGAAAUGAGUGAUUUAAGCCAGGAAAUUUCUGAUGGAGUAAGGAAGUCAGCCCAAGCUGUACAAGCAGCAGAAGUAGGAAUCCGUCGCAUGGGUGCUUUAGCAUCUUCCAAGGCGAUUGCAAUGAUUGAAGAGCGCGCAAACCUCCCUAUUGUCACCAUAAAACCAGUUGUAGCAUGUGCUGCAGAGACAACUUCAGAUGUAGUUCAACGUGCAAGAAGGGCAUUGAUGCGCAUUAUUAAGUCUCGCUUAUCUUCAAUUCCUCGUGCAGACAGAUCAGAAAUGUAAUAAAUGUUGCAAUAAAUGCUAUUGUUAGAGCACAGUUACCUCUUUACUAAAUUUUACAAACGGCAGUAGCAUUGGCUGGUACGGGGAAAAUUACAUAUAUGGUCUUCUUUUGUGCUUAACCCUCUUCAACCCUGCAGAAGUUUUCACCAUUUAAGCAAUUUCAGUGUACGGAAUCUCAUCUAGGAAGAUGUAGAAACCAGCAUACAAAUAAAAGUUUGAAUACAGCUUUAGAAUAAAGUUUGUAGAUGUAGGAAUAGACAUGAAGAAUGCUAUAUAUUAGAGUUAUUUCCAUUUCGGAAAGGGACCAGAAAUAAACCUGACUGGUCUUGUUGUAGAGAGAACAAAUUUAUAGCCUUAUGAUUGUUGAACUUGUUCCUGACAUGUAUACUUGUUAACUGAUAAAUAUUCAGCGAAGAAAAUAUGGCAUCCUGUCUUAAUGGGUGUUUGAAUUCUUCUUCUGCAA